GUUUCUGGAAGGUUGAGGAUUUCUCGAACACUCGGCCAGGGGGAAGAUAAAACCUGCCCCUGCUUCCGUCUCCAUCCGUAGCCGGCUCGUCUACAGUCGAAGCAGCCUCGGCAGACCGAAACAGACCGAAGGGUGCAAGAUGCCUGAAGCACAUGACCAACCAAUGGAGGAGGAGGCUGAGACCUUUGCCUUUCAGGCUGAGAUUGCUCAGCUGAUGUCCCUUAUCAUCAACACUUUCUACUCUAACAAAGAGAUUUUCCUUCGUGAACUCAUCUCUAACUCCUCCGAUGCCCUGGAUAAAAUUCGCUAUGAGAGUCUCACGGACCCGAGUAAGCUGGAUUCAGGCAAGGACCUCAAGAUUGAAAUCACUCCCAACAAAGAGGAACGCACCCUGACCCUCAUUGACACAGGUAUUGGCAUGACCAAGGCUGACCUGAUCAACAACCUUGGGACCAUUGCCAAGUCUGGCACCAAGGCCUUCAUGGAAGCCCUGCAGGCUGGCGCUGACAUCUCUAUGAUUGGUCAGUUCGGUGUUGGUUUCUACUCUGCCUACCUGGUAGCAGAGAAGGUGACAGUCAUCACAAAGCACAAUGAUGAUGAACAGUAUGCCUGGGAAUCCUCUGCUGGAGGCUCAUUCACCGUCAAAGUUGACAGUUCUGAGCCUAUUGGGCGGGGCACUAAAGUGAUCCUGCACCUGAAGGAUGACCAGACAGAGUACAUCGAGGAGCGACGAAUCAAAGAGAUUGUGAAGAAGCACUCGCAGUUCAUUGGCUACCCCAUCACACUCUUUGUGGAGAAAGAGCGUGACAAGGAGGUGAGCGAUGACGAGGCUGAGGAGGAGGAGGAGAAGAUGAAGGAUGAGGAAGAUGAGGAGAAGGAUGAGGACAAGCCCGAGAUAGAAGAUGUUGGCUCUGAUGAUGAGCAUGACCAUGACAAAUCUUCAGACAAGAAAAAGAAGAAGAAGAAGAUCAAGGAGAAGUACAUUGAUCAGGAAGAGCUUAACAAAACCAAGCCCUUGUGGACCCGUAACCCUGACGACAUCACCAAUGAGGAGUAUGGGGAAUUCUAUAAGAGUCUCACUAAUGACUGGGAAGACCACCUGGCUGUCAAGCACUUCUCAGUGGAAGGACAGCUGGAGUUCCGUGCUCUGCUCUUUGUGCCCCGCCGUGCCCCCUUCGACCUGUUUGAAAACAAGAAAAAGAAGAAUAACAUUAAACUCUAUGUGCGCAGGGUCUUCAUCAUGGACAACUGUGACGAACUAAUCCCUGAGUAUCUCAACUUCAUUAAGGGUGUAGUGGACUCUGAGGAUCUCCCCCUGAACAUCUCCAGAGAGAUGCUGCAGCAGAGCAAGAUCCUGAAGGUCAUCCGCAAGAACCUGGUCAAGAAGUGCCUAGAGCUUUUCACUGAGCUGGCCGAGGACAAAGACAACUACAAGAAGUAUUAUGAGCAGUUCUCAAAGAACAUCAAGCUUGGUAUCCAUGAGGACUCCCAGAACAGGAAGAAGCUGUCUGAGCUGCUGCGUUACUACACCUCAGCCUCCGGAGAUGAGAUGGUUUCAUUAAAGGACUAUGUCACACGCAUGAAAGACACCCAGAAACAUAUCUACUACAUCACUGGUGAGACCAAAGACCAGGUGGCUAACUCUGCCUUUGUGGAGCGCCUUCGCAAAGCUGGCCUGGAGGUCAUUUACAUGAUCGAGCCCAUUGAUGAGUACUGUGUCCAGCAACUAAAGGAAUUUGAGGGCAAAAACCUGGUUUCAGUGACCAAGGAGGGAUUGGAGCUACCUGAGGAUGAGGAUGAGAAGAAGAGGCAGGAGGAAAAGAAAUCUCAGUUUGAGAGCCUGUGCAAGAUCAUGAAGGACAUCCUGGAGAAGAAGGUGGAAAAGGUCACUGUCUCCAACCGCCUGGUCUCCUCCCCUUGCUGUAUUGUUACCAGCACCUAUGGCUGGACUGCCAACAUGGAGAGGAUAAUGAAGGCCCAAGCCCUUAGGGACAACUCUACUAUGGGAUACAUGGCUGCUAAAAAGCACCUGGAGAUUAACCCUGACCAUCCUAUCGUGGAGACCCUGAGGCAGAAGGCAGAGGCUGACAAGAACGACAAAUCUGUGAAGGACCUGGUUAUUCUUCUGUUUGAGACUGCUCUGCUGUCCUCAGGGUUCAGCUUGGAUGACCCCCAGACCCACUCCAACCGCAUCUACAGGAUGAUCAAGUUGGGACUUGGUAUUGAUGAAGAUGACCUGACCUCAGAUGAGCCUUCAUCUGCCCCAGCCGAGGACAUGCCCCCUCUGGAAGGGGACGAUGACACAUCCAGGAUGGAGGAAGUUGACUAGGCUGACCCGUUUAAUCUGCUUGCUAGUGUUUGGCAGUAGUGUUACACAAUGACGAGUUCAGUGUUGUUCAUAAAUCUGGAAUGCCCCACCCUCAUUGACCCCUCACUUAACUUUUCCUUGUAUUGAAUAUGCCGUUCAGAGUCACUUCUUUGGUAACUUUUUUUUUUUGUUUUAAAUUCAUCACUUUUUUGUAUUUCGAGUUGUUUCAAUACAUUUUUGUAUUUAUUGACAUUCCAACAUCCCUUGUGCAUUCUGACUUACUGUAAAUAUCAAAAAUUAUACUGUUAUUUGAAUACAGCGGGACCCUGAAAUAAAGUUUACGAUGUUAACCGGUCACAUUUUGCUCACCCUUUCU